UUCCUCUUGCUGAUAUUAGCAACAAAGGGUUAGCGAAUGGCGUCUCUUUUUGGUCUUUCUAAUCUAAUUUACCAUCCUAAGUUACCUGUUUUUCAAAAUUCUCUUCAUACUCGUAGUUUACAUCCUUAUUACAGACCCUUGAAAAGAAGAAUCACUCAAUACAAAUCCCUAACGAUUUCCUCUGCACUUACUGAAUCAAAUUCUCCUGAUUCUUCUGUCGAUCAAGAUAUCCAACCCCUCCUUCAAGAUAUCUCUGAAAGUCUUGUUCUUCCUCCGGAUUACUUUGCUCAACUUCCUGAUGAUCUUCGUCUCGACUUUCGGGAAUUGUUCUUUGGUGAACCUGCACUGAAGCUAAACGAUGCAGCUUUCGAUAUUUCGUGCGGGCCUGUCAUUGAUGAGUGCGGCCAAGAGAUGGGAGAGGCACUGCUGAACCUAUCUAGAGCAUGGGAAGUGGCUGAUACGUCAACCUCCAAUGAUAUUGCACACAAGCUCCCUGCUCUGGCCAGCUUAUUGAAAGGAAAUGCCAAAUCAGCUUUUGGCAAGCGAUUAAUAUCCUCUGGCCGGAGAUUCCAGUCCAUGGGACAGUAUGGUCAAGGGGAGUUACUAAGGAUUGCCAAAGCAAUGAUCAAGGCUGGACAACUCCUGUCUGCAAGUGCAGUGACCUCAGCGAGUGAUGAAGAACCUAAAACGGAGAGGAUGCUAAAGUUUGGAAACCUACAAGUAGAGCUAACAGCAACCAAGGCCAACAUUGGAGCUGCCAUUGCGUUUGUUUUCGGGAUUAUAUGCUGGCAAUUAAGCCAAGGCAUCCAAAGCACACCAGAGAGCUCACUGCAGUAUGCAAAUAACAACGCUUUGUUGCUAGGGAAGUCGUUGAGAGGAGCGCUGCUUGCACUUUGCUAUUCAUCUACAAUCUUGUCUGGGUUUUCUACCAUAGGGCUCAUUUUACUAGCAAGACAGCUAAAGUCGGCAAAAAAAUGAAUUAAGUUCUUGUUUAAGAACUAUUAUGACUCAGCUUUGUUGUUCGAAUCUGUAAAAUUGUAACAUUAUAAAUAAAAGCAUCAAAUUAGAACUUAAGACUUAUCCUUUAUACGAUA